AGCGGUCUCACUGAAUUUCCCUACUCCACGACCUUGCGGUCGGUUGGUGAACGUCCCACCUACCGUAAACAACACAUAUGGCUCUUAUUGCCCACACACCCGCAGUGCUCCGUCGCACUCAACUCUCCACCCUAAAAUGUAUCUACCGAUCUAUAAAAAUGAUAGAAAGCGGCGAAAUCGUCUAUGCAAAACCUCCUUCCUUUGAUUAUAUAAGCAAACCUUUUUCGCUGAUUCGAUCGAUACGUGAUCCAACGUAUGCUCGAUUGAAUGAAAAUAGCAAGGUGAUCGUUGUUGAAGGGAACAUUGGUUGUGGCAAGUCGUUUUUGGCCGCAAAACUGGCCGAGCACUUCGGCAUGAACUACUUUCCGGAUAUCACAGAGGACGAUAUCUACGUAUUCAAGGACUGUAAUCCGGCUUUCGAUCUGCGUUGCCAUAAUGCAAUACUGCCGGACGAUGCAAAGUAUUACACAUGUGAAAUGUUCUGGAACGAACCGGAUUUGAUAAAUAAGGGCAAGCCACUUUACCUUCAACUGCAAUUCUACAUUCGCCGGCAUCUGAAAUAUUUGAAGGGCCUGUGUACACUCUUUAAUACAGGUCGUGGUUUCAUCACAGAUCGUAGUCCAUUCUCUGAAAUCGCUUGGUCCGAUGCAUUUCUCAAAGCUGGAUACAUGUCUGACCGAGCGUCUCGAUGGUUCAAUCAGCAUCAUGGAAUAACGAGUCAGCGUUUGUGGAAACCUCACUUGGUCAUCUACGUGAAGGCUACCAAUCAACAAAUUAGAGACCAUUUCAAGAAGCGAAAUCUCCCUUGGGAGAUGAACGGCAUCAACUUGACGGACAAGUUUUUAGAUACAUACACAAAAAUGUUGGAGAAUAGCUACCUUGCUCGAAUGAGCCGUUACUCCGAAAUUAUGGUGAUAGACGGAAGCACCAUGGACGUCUAUGAUGAAAAUGACAUCAGGAUUAUUGCCCAAAAAAUAACUGAGAUGAAUUUCAGUGGUGCUCAUCUCCUUCGAGAUGACUACAAAUUCCUCGAAUGGCGAAUGGGACUCUUCAACGACCGUGCCAAAAUCAAUGUUCGUGCCAAGUUCUCCGAUGCCGGACGUAGUUUCUCCAAGCAAUUCCAGAAAAUUGACCCCCCGAAAGACAUGUACGAAUGCGUUUAUAGCUACGAUGCUCGUGAACAUCAAGUUCGCCUGCUCUAUAUGGAUCCUCGAACCAAGUACCCUCCAUCGUUCAACACCCGAUACAACAAUUUGCUCAACAUCAUGUUCAACCCGUUCUUAGUUGAAGGCAACUUCGCACGGGACCUGCCAAGACAGUUCUUAUGGUUCUAGGGCCAUGCAGCUACUUUGACCUUUAGUUCCUGCCUUUCACAAUCAUCUGCAAUACAUACCUGUCAGUCUGCUGUUCCACCAAAUGGCGUUUGGCCAGCCGUUUUGUUCUGUCGCUUCGUAUCUACUAUUCAGUUUGUUAGUAGUGGGAUGUGUAUUCGUGUUUUCGAUAGCCAGUAAGCAGGCACCCGUUUGGAC